CUUUCGAAUGCUGCACGGCGUAAUACGCUCCUCCGUAACCGCGCUCAUUCUGCCAAUGUAUUGUUUUCGCGCGACUGUAAUCAAACAAAAGCCGUCUCUGUAUAGGUGUUGCUGCAAAGGGAAAUACCUCGCGCCAAUCGAAAUGCCAACCAUUGCUGCGAUGGUCACCCAAGUUCACCACUACAGGCUGACCAGCAGCAACCUGUUUUCGUUUGCACAUUCACCUUGAGCGGAUCGCGGAGCUGCUAGACGGUUGCUGCGAUCGUUCGCGGCAGCAGCAAUCAGUCGAUCUUGAUCCUGCCUGGGGUAACGAUCGUCAUGGCAAAGGUGGUGGAUUGUGUGCUGCUGCUGCUGCUGGCGUUCAUUGCCGUUGUUCGUGGACAAGAAGCUUGCCGGACGCCCGAUCAUCGCGAUGGAGUGUGCCACCCGGUACAGCAGUGCCCGAGCGUAAGGGAUGAGUUCUUCAAUUCCGACCGGGUGCUGAGCGAGGACGAGAUCGACUACCUGCGCAAGCUGCAGUGCAAAACGAAGGACGUGACCAUCUGCUGCCCGGACGGUGUGACGACUGUGGACCGUAAUCCGACGGCCGUGCGCGACGGCCUGCCGAACCCGAAAGCGUUCGAGUGUGGUUUGGACACGCUGGCGGAUCGGAUCAUCGGCGGUAACUAUACGGCGAUCGACGAGUUCCCCUGGUACGCGCUGCUCGAGUACCAAUCGAAGAAGGGCGAGCGGGCGUUCAAGUGCGGCGGCUCGCUGAUCAACGGACGGUACGUGCUGACGGCGGCCCACUGUCUGGCCAACAAGAAGCUGGACGAAGGCGAACGACUGGUUAACGUGCGUCUCGGAGAGUACAACACCGCGACCGAUACGGAUUGUGCCGACGGCAACCCGGACGAUUGUGCCGAUCCGCCGCAAAACUUUGGCAUCGAGGCACAGAUCGUUCAUCCGGGGUACGAUAAGAACGGACCUUACCAGCAUCAUGACAUUGCACUGAUCCGGCUCGAUCGGGACGUUACGAUGAACAACUUCGUUUCGCCGGUAUGUCUUCCGCCGGAUGACUUCCCGCCUACCAGCCCCGGUCUUAACGUUACGGCGGUUGGGUUCGGACACACGGGACGACAGCGACACAGCGGCAUCAAGAAGAAGGCCCAGUUCCCGGUGUUUGCUCAGGAGGAGUGUGACAAGAAGUGGAAAAACAUUGAAGUCAUUGGGGAGCAGCUGUGCGCGGGCGGUGUGUUUGGGAUCGAUUCGUGCAGCGGCGAUUCCGGUGGCCCGUUGAUGGUAAAGCGGUUUUACUGGAUACAGGAGGGUGUCAUUUCCUUCGGCAACCAGUGUGCACUCGAAGGCUGGCCCGGUGUGUACACGAGAGUGUCGUCGUAUCUGGACUGGAUUCGGCAAAACAUUCGUCGUUGAGCGGUUGUUGUAACACAAAAAACAUUGAUACGAUCAACUUUACAUAAAAAUUCUAAUUAGCUUCUAAUAGUGUUUAAGCAAAUAAGUUGCAAAGUAGCGACGACACAUGUCAAAAACAGCCGUUGCUGAUGCAAAAUGAUUUUCAAUAUUCAAUAAAUCUUGUAGAAACGAAACACAUACUUUCAAACCGAA